AUGGGGGAAUGGGGCUUUCUGAGCUCGUUGUUAGAUGCGGUCCAGGAGCACUCUCCCAUGGUGGGAAGGUUCUGGCUGGUGGUGAUGCUGAUCUUUCGCAUACUCAUUCUGGCCACCGUGGGCAGUGACAUGUUUGAAGAUGAACAGGAGGAAUUUGUAUGUAACACUAUGCAACCAGGCUGCCGUCAGGUUUGCUAUGACCAGGCCUUCCCAAUAUCCCACUACCGCUUCUGGGUCUUUCAUAUUGUGCUGCUCUCUGCCCCAGCAGUAUUGUUUGUCAUUUAUUCCAUGCACCAGAAUGCCAAGAUGGGAAGAGAUGCAGAUGAAGAGGAGGCAGCACAACAUGGGCAGCCGGGCAGGACCAGGUCCAAGUUAAGGGCUGAGCAGCGUGGACGUCACAUACGCACCUUCUACAUCGUCAAUGUGGUGAUGAGGAUAAUGGCGGAGGUGGGUUUUUUAGUGGGUCAGUGGCUCCUCUAUGGGUUCAAAGUAGCUCCAGACUACCUCUGUGUACGUGAACCCUGCCCACAUAAAGUGGACUGCUUUGUGUCCAGGCCAACAGAAAAGACCAUUUUCCUGCAGUUUUACUUUGUGGUUGGGAUCAUCUCUGCGAUUCUCAGCCUGUCUGAACUGCUACACAUUCUGGUGAAGGGAAAGUGCCGGUCUAGGGAAGGACUGGGAUCAAGUCCACCUCCAGCCUACGAGAGGGAUAAUUGGUCCAACAGAGAACAUGAAAGGACCAAUAACUUUCUUCUUAAAAGACAAAGUCCUGAUGAUCGGAGAGCUAGCGGGGCUGGUGGUCAUCGACUUUCUAUUGCAUAUCCUCCUGGCACGGCCUAUAAACUAAAGGUAGCCCCUAGCUCAGCUAUCAGUAGCAAGUCAUCUAGACUGAUCAAAGCUGACUUAACUGUAUAA